AUGUUUUGGAUAUUUUUUGUUUUACUGGUAUUUUCUACUGGUGAUUGUAUUCUUAUUGGUAAAAGAGAUAAUAAUAUAUUAAUUGGUAAUAUAUAUAAAUCAUUAUGGAAUAUAACGCAAAAUCAAAUUACAUCAACAUCACCUUCAUCAUCAUCGUCAUCGUCAUCAAGCACCUCAUCAUCAUCAUCAACAACAUCAUCAUCUUCAACAACAACAGCAGUACCAGGAUGGACAACAACAGGAAACAUGAGUUUUGCACGGGACUGGCAUACAGCAUCCACAUUAGCAAAUGGAUUAGUAUCAGUUGCUGGUGGAUGGAAUGGUACUUAUCUAAAUAGUACUGAAUUGUACAAUCCAUCAACAGGCACUUGGACAAUCACAGGAAACAUGAAUUUUGCACGAUAUAUUCAUACGGCAUCCAUAUUAGCAAAUGGAUAUGUAUUAGUUACUGGUGGAUACAACGGUACUGCUUAUCUCAAUAGUGCUGAAUUAUACAAUCCAUCAACAGGCAUUUGGACAACCAUGGGAAGCAUGAAUGUCGCACGAUAUUAUCACACAGCGUCCACAUUAGCAAAUGGAUUAGUAUUAGUUGCUGGUGGAGAGGGCAGCGGUUAUAGUAUUCUUAACAGUGCUGAAUUGUACAAUCCAUCAACAGGCAUCUGGACAACCACAGGAAGCAUGAAUGCCGCACGAUAUGAGCAUACAGCAUCCAUAUUAGCAAAUGGAUAUGUAUUAGUUGCUGGUGGACAGGGCAACAGUGGUUUUCUCAAUAGUACUGAAGUGUACAAUCCAUCAACAGGUACUUGGACACUCACAGGAAACAUGCAUACCCCACGAUAUCAUCACACAGCAUCCACAUUAGCAAAUGGAUUAGUAUUAGUUGCUGGUGGAACCAACGGUCCUGGUUCUCUUAAUAGUACUGAAUUAUACGACCCAUCAACAGGCACUUGGACAACCACAGGAAGCAUGAAUGUCGCACGAUUUUAUCAUACAGCAUCCAUUUUAACAAAUGGAUCAGUAUUAGUUACUGGUGGAUCUGGUAGUGCUGGUUCUCCCAAUAGUGCUGAAUUGUACAAUCCAUCAAUAGGCACUUGGACAACCAUAGCAAACAUGAGUAUCGCACGAAGUUUUCACACAGCAUCCAUAUUAGCAAAUGGAAAAGUAUUAGUUGUCGGUGGAUAUGGUACUACUGGUUAUCUCAAUAGUGCUGAGCUUUAUUAA